AUGGGGACGGUGAGGGGUCCCCCCCGGGACCCCAACCCCAGGGGCCAUUACCAGUUCCGUGUCAUCGUGCUGGGGGACGCGGCGGUGGGGAAGUCGUCGCUGCUGCGCUGCUUUGCCGAGGGUCCGCAGGGGGACGGGGGAGCGGCCGCCCCCUGCCCCACCGUCGGCGUGGAGUUUUACAGCCGCACCGUCCCGCUGCCGCCCGCCGGCAAGGCCAAGCUGCAGCUCUGGGACACGGCCGGCCAGGAGAGGUUCAGGUCCAUCACCAGGUCCUUCUACCGGAGCGCGGCGGGGGUGCUGCUGGUGUUCGACCUCACCAACCGGGCCUCCUUCGAGCACGUCCCCGAGUGGUACCGCGAAGCCGCCGGGGACCGGCCCCCCGCCUUCGUCCUGGUGGGCCACAAGUGCGACCUGGCGGCCGAGCGAGCCGUGUCGGCGGAGGAGGCCGGGCACCUGGCCGCCACCCUGGGCAUGGCCUUCGUGGAGACCUCGGCCCGCGGCAACCUCAACGUGGAGUUGGCCUUCCAGACGCUGGCGAGGGGCAUCCAGCGGGCGCUGGGGCGGGGGGGGCUCAGCCCUCACCGGCGCUGCGGCGGCAUCAGGCUCAUCCCCGGCCAGAGCCGCCGUCAGCCCCCGGCACGGGGGGAGCCCGGGGAGCGGUGCCAGUGCUGA